CAUUAUGACAAGUAUGCCACCUUUCUCCCCAUUUCCCCCACUUUUUAUUGUGACCAACCAGCUAAAGUCCAGGAAGAGAUUGACCGUGUGGUUGGCAGGCACCGCAGCCCCUGCAUGCAAGACAGGAGCCACAUGCCCUAUACAGAUGCUGUGAUUCAUGAGAUCCAGAGAUUCAUUGACUUCAUCCCCAAUAACCUUCCUCAUGCAGUGACCUGUGACACUAAAUUCAGGAAUUACCUCAUCCCCAAGGGAACUACAGUAAUAACAUCACUGUCAUCAGUGCUGUAUGACAACAAGGAGUUUCCCAACCCAGAGACGUUUGACCCUAGCCACUUUCUAAAUGGGAAUGGAAACUUUAAGAAAAGUGAUCACUUCAUGCCUUUUUCAACAGGAAAACGGGUUUGUGCUGGAGAGGGCCUAGCCCGCAUGGAGCUGUUUCUAUUCCUGACAACCAUUUUACAGAACUUCAAACUGAAAUCUCUGGUCCACCCAAAAGACAUUGAUAUUACCCCAGUGCUGAAUGGAUUUGCCUCUCUGCCACCCCCUUACCAGCUCUGCUUCAUUCCUCUCUAAAGAGAUCAGAUUUUCUGGCCCCUGCUGUGAUGCCUUCUACAAUCAUCUCAGGUCUUUAACCACAUCCCUCCCUAUCAGGGAUAUGGUAUCCUUCAUCCUGGCUUACAGAACCCAAUUCUCUCAAGACCCAGCAAACACAUGCAGUUUCUGGAGUUAUAGUACAAAUGCACUUGUAUUUUCUCUUUUAUAUAACAGUUGUCUGAUUCUUUGUGCUUAUGUGUAUCCAUUCUUGAGUUAAAAUAAAGCUUCACUGUAAAAAAUAA